AUGGACACCACUUCACACGCCGGAAACGCGGGGAGGAACGAGCAGGAGCGGAAGGACCAGAGGGAAUGGGGGAAUGAAUUAAAGAAAGCGCGGGAGGCUUUAGCGGAAGGAAGGCGGCGGGAAGAGGAGCUGGAAGGAGUGGUGAGGGAACGCAAGAAGGCGAUGCGGGAGCUGGAGGAGUGGAUUGGGCGGAAGGUGGAUGCGAUGUCGUCGCUCGCUACUGUGCUCCGAGAGGGGUGGCUGAGGGAAGCGGUGCUGUCUCAGGCCGAGGGAGCGCGCAAGCGCGCGCGCAUGAUGGAUGGCUCUCCGUCGCAUCCGGUGAUAAUGAUGGAGCAUCUAACGGCUCUGAAUGGUCACGCGGAGGCCUUCCGUUCAAUGGUGCAGGCAGUGAGGAUGCUGUCGUUCGGACUUGAAAACCGGAAUUCUCAUGCGGGUAGAAUGACAGAGGAGAAAGAGGGAGAGGCUACUUCUGAGGCGGCUCAAAACAAGGCUCAUGCGGAUAGAAUGAAAGAGGGGAAAGAAGAAGACGGGGGGGAUCAAUGGGCAAUGGAGAUCGAGGAGGGGGAGGGAGAGGAGGCGCAGGAAGAGGGGGUGAGGGACGCGGUAGAGGAAACGACGCAGAGGAUGGAAGAGGCGAUGGGAGAUGGGCUUGCGGGUUCGGAGAACGAGACAUGGAGGCGAGGACUAGGAAGAGCCAGGGGCAAGGGGUGGCGCAAGGGGCAGGGCAAGGGGUGGCGCAAGGGGUGGCGCAAGGGGCAGGGCAAGGGGCAGGGCAAUGGGCAGGGCAAGAGGCAGAGCAAGGGGCAGCGCAAAGGGGGGAGCGGGAGCCAGCGCAAGGGGCAGAGCGAAGGGCGGGGAGGGGCGACUGGCCGAUGUGGACUCACACCGCUCAUUACUGCCGCCCGUACUGCCGGGAGCAGAGGGGGCGCGAGUGUGGAUUCAGGAGGAGCAGUUACGAAUGUGGAGGAUAGGCCUGCACACAAGGGAGGAGGGAAUCGCACGGCGGGGAGAGCAGGAGGACCACCGGUGGGGAGGUUAUAUCAGUGGCCGGCCGGCCGGGUAGCAAGCGAAGCAGAGGUGCGGGCACGGCUACAGAGACGGAUCGAUGAUUUGCAGAGACGAAGCAUCCAUCCCGACAGGAUGGAAAAUACCACCCGAGAUAUUAACCGGGUGGUAUCACAGCUUUGGAACCACCCGGACCCCGCUGCAAAAGAGCUCUCUCUUUCUAGCCUCUCCCUUGCCUGCUACCUCUUCCUCACUCCCCACUGCUAUCCGGGCUUGCUACCGUCCGUCACCACUCUCAACCUCCAGAAACUUCACCCCGUCUCCCCAUGCGCCGUGAAUCUGCUCCUCCGCAUGCCCUCUCUCACAGCCCUUCACCUCCACGAGACUUCCGUCCGUUCAGACGCUCUGCCGCUCUUCCCUCACAUGUCUCGGCUCCAGAGGCUCGUCAUCGCGUGUGCUGACCCCUCCAUUGUUCUCAAUCUACCAGCUAGCCGUCAAGGCAACCUGCCUGCUCCGUCUGAUCCCAUCAGCACUAUCCAGCCGUUUCAGAGGUUGCGAGAGCUGCAUGUGAGCCGCGUGACUGAUUCGACUCUGCAGUUCGUGGGGAUGUUGGCGAGCCUUGAGGUCUUCUCCUGCACGUACAGCAAGGGGAUGACAUCGCAGGGAUGGAAUCGUCUCAGGAGACUGCAGAACCUGAAGAGGCUGCUGCUGGCGCCAUCAAUCAAGGAUUGGGGAUCCAACGACCAAAUCCCUGCUACCUCCCUGCUCCAAUCCCUGUUGCUCCGCCGCUUCAAUCUGAGCCUAGACUUCUCCCUAUCCCGCCUGCCAAAGAUCAUCCACACCUUCCAAAGGCCGCCCAAGAACCGGGCUGCAGCCACAAGCGAAGACCCCAGCGACGAACCCAAAAAUCGCCUCGACGCGAGCAUAUGGGACGUGGUGGCUGCCCUGCCGCGCCUGCAGCACCUAGAGAUUCACGCUGCAGAACCCAGCGCCACAGCGCUGCGAUCCCUCUCCACCACCACACACCUCAAAACCCUCUGCAUUACUGGCACCGCGCUUGAUGAUUCCGACCUGGUGGGCUCGAGUGGCCUUUCUCUGCUCACAGACCUCAGCCUGGCUGCCUGCACCUUUACAGUAGCCGAGGCUGUGAGAUCGGUGAUCCGAGGCAUGACCCAGCUAAAGUCACUGGACCUGUCAGGAACGGCAAUCACCCAAGGGGCCACUGUGCACCUGCAAGCGCUAGAGCGGUUGGAGCGUUUGAAGCUGCAGCAGUGCAGCGGCAUGAGUAAGGGCGUGUUCCUACUGCCCCUUAUCAGGGGACCUCUUGUCAGACUUGAGUUGCACCUGGGCUGCAACAACAUGCAGCAUGCUUGGCUGCUGCCGGUUCUGGAAGGGAAGAAGGUGACUCGGCUCAGGGUAGGGGGCUCUGGGUUUGUGCCAAAAACGCUGGAACGGCUUCAGCGGGAUUGGAUCAAGAUUGACUCGAAAUGA